AUGGAGGCUCCUGAGCAACUCAAGAAGAAUUCCUACGCGGAAGUCAAGUCGCCCUAUGCGGAGAAUGACAUUUCGCUCGGCCAGCAUGAGAACGGUGCUCUGCGUGCCCCUCGUGGCUCCGUGUCGGUGUAUUCGUGGGAGAACUUCGGCAUGGCUGCCCAUUCGGCUGGUGUCGGUAUCGUGAACAGCACCAUCAGUGGUGUCGUCUACGCCGUGUUGAACAAUUACCUCCACAUGUCUGCGACUCUAGUUGCUACGGCCGUUGCUCUCAUCCAGUUCCCUCGUAGUCUUCGUGUGUUCACCGGUAUGCUGACGGACACCGUCCCGAUCUUCGGCUACCGUCGCCGCCCGUACAUGGUGAUAGGAUGGGGAAUGACGUUCGUGUCGUGCUUCCUCAUGGCUGUGCUGCCUCUUGGUGAUCCGUACUACGGCGACCAAUCCAUUGCCGAAUUGGACACCGCUGAGCUCACCCCCGAGCAGCUUGCGACGAUCGACACGGACGCUCCCAACCGCGGUAUCAAGAUGAUUAUCCUGAUGAUGAUCGCCAACUUUGGUACGGUGCUCUCGUACAGUGGCUUUAACGGUACCAUGAUUGAAAUCUCGCAGCAGGAGCCUGCCCACAAGCGCGGUACCGCUAUGGGUGACUGUGACGUUGUCUUCUAUUGGUUCGCGGUCGUCUCAGCCUUCUUCACCGGUCUGGGCCUCAACAGCGAAGACUACGGUGGCACCUUCUCGUGGUCGGUCGGCUUUAACGCAAUUAUGGGCGUUUGCGCCGGUAUGUCGAUCAUUGUUUUGCCCUUCUGCUGGUUCUGCAUCCAGGAAGAGCGCGUCACGUCCGGUCCGUCCAAGUCGGUCUUCACGUUCCUCUACGAGCUGCUUCAGCGUAAAACCAUCUACCGGUACAUCGCUUUUCGUUUCUUCUACAAUGUGUUCGCUAUGAUUUCCGUGACUUCGGCGAACGCUAUUCAAAGCACGUGGGCUGGCGUUGAGCCCAUUAACAACGGUAUCGCGGCUAUGCUUGCUUCCUUCCUGACCAUGCUCGGAACGUACUUGAUCAAGAAGUACGGUCUUGCUUGGAACUGGCGCUACAUCAUCAUUUUCGCUCAGAUUCUUGUCGUGUGUCUCGAUAUUUUUCCGACGAUGUUCACGAUCUGGGAUGUUGUCCGUAGUCAGUGGUUCUGGCUUGGUGUUCCACUCCUCGAGAAGAUCCCGUUCGCCGCGACCGAUUUCGUCGGCGCUCUGUUCAUGCUCGAGGUUGACAGUGAAGACUUCGAGGCCACGCUGUUCGGCUUGGCUGUGACCUCGCAGCGUGUCGGUAUCCCGUUCGGGACGGUGAUCACCAAGUCUGUCGACGGCUACUUCGACAUUGAGCGCGAGUACAUUCAGCAGGACGACCACCACGUGCGCUCGCAGGUCACGUACGCCUACUUGAUUGCCUACGCUGUUAACCUUCUCGCGAUCGUGUUCGUGGUGCUGCUCCCUCGCCAGAAAGAAGAGCUUCACCGCAUGCAGCGCGACAACGCCACGAAUAAGAUCAUGGGUAUCGUGACCAUUUGCGUUCUCAUCUUCGCUCUGGCCUGGUCGCUCAUGACCAACAUCCUGAGUCUAUUCGACUCGACGAGCUGCCUGCGCAUUGCUGGUGGCAGCGGAUGCUAGAAACGUCCGGUAGAUAUUUGUUCAGUUUUAAGACAAUUUGACAAUUUCUUGCAUUAACG